AUGAAUCCAUGGGAAUCAAUAACCCCCUCUUCCGAGUUGCACUGGCAUCCAUGCUACACCUUCAUCCACCGCUCCUUCCUCUGCGCCCGCCUGACCGUGCCCAUGGACUACGCCCGCCCGCUCAACGUCUCGUCGCAGGACAAUAACCACCCCAGAGUCGACAUCGCCCUACUCCUGCUCCCCGCCGAGUCAUCGUCCUCCUCAUCCUUGCUAACAGAAAAGGUGAUGAAAUCCCCGCUGCUAGUAAAUCCCGGCGGACCAGGCGGAUCCGGCGUCGCCCUCGCCCUGCUCGUCGGCCCGUCCAUGCAAAAGAUCCUUGGUCCCGACCAGCCCAUCCUGGGCUUCGAUCCCCGCGGCAUAGGCUUCACGACGCCCAGGGCGGAUUGCUGGGCGAAACCGCCGCCGGAGAGCUGUCGUCGUCCGAGUCCGGGCCAUCGUCAUCAUCCCACCACCGCCAACCAUUACGACAACAACAGCGACAAUAACGCGGGUGAUGAUGAUGAUGAUGGUGGUGAUGGCGGAAGCAGGCGGGGGCGGCCGGGGUGUGAGGAAGACGUCAUGACGGGACUGCUGCACCGGUUGGAGUGGGAGAACAUGAAUGCGGCGUACGGGCUGAUGGGAGAGAGCGAGGUGGCGGUGCGGUAUCUGGAUGCGGCGCAGCGCGGGGUGAAUGGGCUCUGUCGGUGGAAGGAUGGGCUGGUUGGUGACGACUCGGAUGGGGGUGGCAGUGUGUUGAGGUGGGCGGCGACGAGGAAUGUGGUGAGGGAUAUGGUUGAGAUCGUCGAGGCGUGGGGGAAGUGGGUUGAUACCCUCGACGGGGGGGUGGCGGAUGAGAUGAGGGGGAAGUUGGUGUAUUGGGGGUUCUCGUAUGGCACGUACCUUGGUGCGACGUUUGCGCGGACGUUUCCGGAGCGGGUGGGGAGGUUGGUGUUGGAUGGGGUGGUGGAUGCCGAGUUUUAUGAGGAACCGGUUUGGAAGGAGAGUUUGUUGGAUGCCGAUAACGUGCUGGGGACGUUCUUCCAGUUCUGUGCCGAGACUGGGAGGAAGUGUCAGCUGUACCGGCAGGGCGAUGAGGCGGCGGUUGUGCAGAGGAGGUACGAGGCCAUCAUGGACCGGCUGGAGACCAGCCCGCUCACGUUCAACCACCCGGAGAAUCAAUAUCCGGUCCUCGUGCGGGCCAGUCAGGUCAAGAACAUCGUGUUCAGAAUUCUAUACUCGCCGAUUCAGGGGUUCCCUGUCCUGGCAUCCGUGCUGAACUUCAUCUACGAGGAUAUGUUCGAGGAACUGGGCGCAUUCACCCAAGAUCCACAGCUUGUGUGCAGCAUAUCGGACAACCCAUCGGUACUGGGCAUGUUGACGGAUGCUCAGCGUGCCAUCAUGUGCGGGGACAAGACACACCCGGUGAACAUGACUGUCCCCGAAAUAACUUCGGCCUACCAAGCCAUGGCCGCGAACUCGCAGUUCGCUGACAUCUGGAUGGGCCUGAUGCUACAGUGUAACGGCUGGGACAUCUUUCCGCCGGGCCAGGCUCCGACCGACCCCUGGGCUGCGGCGAACCAGAUCGAGACGGCCAACCCCGUCCUCUUCCUCUCCAACACGUACGACCCCGUCACGCCGCUCAAGGCGGCCGUCAAAAUGGCCCUCAAGUUCAAGGGCGCCGGCCUGCUGGAACAAAAGUCGCAGGGUCAUUGCACCCUCUCGGCGGUGUCGAGGUGCACUGCUAGAGCCGUCAGGGACUAUGUGACGACGGGGAAGCUUCCUCCGCCUCCCAAGGAGGUCGACGAAAACUUUAACGGAAAGUGGAAGCAGUGCGAAGCUGAUGAGGCGCCGUGGAGGAGGCUCGGCACAAGUGAGGUUCACGCGUGGGCGGCCGAGGAGCGGGAAAUGGCCGACGGGUGGCGGCAUCUGCAGGAGGUUAUGGAGACGAUGCAAAGAUGGGGGGUUGGCAAGAACAAUGAUCUGGACAUGGCGGCAGUCAUGAAGCUCGCAAGAGGUGGUCAAACAACGUGA